AUGCUAUCAGGAACGCUGGUUUUUCUUUUUUCGCUUUACCUUACUCCGCUCACCCCGUUAGAGCAUGAUUUUUCGCGUCCAUGGAUAUUCCGAACGGACUUUACCAGUGCGGAAGAGUUUGCCCAGUACGAGAGCAAUGUAUAUCCGUCAAAAACGGAUAUGAGUGAUUUACCGGAGAGCUUUCAAUCUCGCCUGGCCACCGCAUGUACUCAGGAACAACAAACGUCAUGUGAGCUUAGUGAGUGCAAAAUCAAUACCUUGCUGGGGAACAAAAUUAAUCCGUCCCUGAUCGCCCCGUACAUGAACGCGGCUCCCUAUCGAUGCGAGUGUGGAAAUAAUACACUGCAGGACUAUUUGGAAGGGGAUAAAAUACAGGCAAAAUGUGUGAUGGUCAAAAGUUGUGAUAUAUGCGAUCCGGAACACACGGUCAAGUGUUUAGAUCUCGGGGCAGGAAAAAUCUCCUGUGUUUGUGAUCCGGGUUACAUGGAAGAUUCCUAUUGUCGCAGGAAAAAGGAUGGUUGUGCAGAACCGCAUACUACGGCCACCUUGAGUGGUGAUCAGGCUUGUUUGGUUUCCCAGGGCAACCUAUGCAUUCCCAUGUUCCAAUCGUUACGCUACUCGUGUAUCUGUCGUGCUCCGUAUAUGGAGGAUAAGCGACUCUCAUUUCCCAAUUGUAUGCGUAAUGAGACUCCGUGUGAACGACCACUUUGUCUCGGAUUUCAACCCCCAGUAGCUCAAACCAUUCCCGGUCCCUCUAUUACUCUGGAUGCUUUUGUUGGAGGUAAUUCGGGUGGUCAUAUGGCCGACUGUAAUCAGACUAGUUGUAACUGCCCGGACGGUUGGCUUGGAGACCACUGUACGGAACAACGUGGAGAAGUGCUGCUUGGUUCAUGGUCUCCUUGGUCCACAUGUAAUCCGGAUUGUAUUAUGCCCACGGAACGCGCACACUAUCGAACCAUGGAUGAUAUACACGCAGGGACAAGUCGUACUACGGGAAUAGGUUAUCGGAGUCGGUUCAGUCGUUGUACAAUGAACGAUUUGGAUUUCUGUGUCGGAACAUAUCGAUUCUGGCGUCGUUGUCGUGUGACAUCCUUGUGCAACACUUGGACAAACUCGAGGCUCUCCACUGUGGUCAAUGAUGCAAUCGGGAAAGCCAUGGUGGAACACGACCUUGUAAGAUUUUCCCUUCGACCCUGUUGGAUACAUUUAUGGUAG